AUGGCCGCGGCUUUACUAUCGCACAUCAUCGCAAUCAUCAUCUUCCACCUAUGUACAAGUUCUAACACGGUCGCUUUUCGCCUCCGGCCGUCCCAAUAUGCUUAUGCUGACGCGAUCCGGGAGCUUCCGGCCCACGCACUGCAGAGCGUGUCUGAUGCCAGUCGAGCCACUUCGCAAUACAGAGUAGGUCUCGGUUACGACAUACACCGUCUAGUUGGUCCCAAUAACGGCGGUAAGCCGUUCAAGCUUGGCGGCAUUGACGUGGAAGGUUCCGGUGUCUUCGUCGUAGGCCACAGCGACGGUGACGCUGUUUUGCAUGCCAUUGCGGAUGCAGUGCUGGGCGCAGUAGGCCGAGGGGAUAUCGGGGAACACUUUUCGGAUCUCGAGGCUGCCAAUGGGAACCUGGAUUCUAGCGUGAUUCUGCACUUCGCGCUAUCAGAGGCACGUAACCUCGGCUACCGCCCGUGCAACGUGGACGUGAACAUCGUGCUGCAGCGUCCUCGCCUCGGCGCAGAGCUAAAGCGCCGCAUAACAGCCAGUAUCAGGGAGUUACUUGGUCUGGGCGUAUGCGUGAAUGUGAAGGCUAAGACCAACGAGGGGCUUGACGCACUGGGUCGUGGUGAGGCCGUUGCGUGCCAGUCCGUGGUACUGCUAGAACGCAUAUAA